GCAAAGAUUGUACAGAAUGCUCUGUGCCUAAACUGAAAAACUGAAACAUUAAACAAACAAAACUAUGUAAAUUACAUUACAUCACACAUUGGAAGGUUUCAGGGUUAAAUUAAAUAGAAUUAGCUUCUAUAUCUUGGUAUAAUACAUAAAAAAUGAAGGGUAAAGCGGUUUAUGCUGUUUGUAUGGUUUUGUUAGGCUGUGGCUUGAACAAUGUGUUUUUAGAAUAUAUCAUAAAAUUAGAUCCAGGAGCAGGGCAUUUGAUAACAUUCUUACAAUUCUUAUUCAUAGCAAUUCAAGGUUUCAUUUUUACCUCAAAAUGUGGAACUGUACCACCGCAUAUACCAAUAAAGAUAUAUUUAUUAUUGGUCGUAAUGUUAUUCAGUACUAGUGUUGUUAAUAACUGGGCAUUUGCUUUCAAUAUACCAGUUCCGCUACAUAUGAUUUUCAGAGCGGGAUCACUCAUUGCAAAUUUAAUAAUGGGUGUUAUUGUUUUGAAUAAGAAGUAUACAAUGGAUAAAUAUAUAUCUGUGAUUAUGAUAACUCUAGGAAUAGUUAUAUGUACGCUAGCUACGGGUAAUAAAAAACCAAAACCUACUUGCUCAGAUUGUGAUAUGACUGAUUCAAUAGACUCGAGUACUGAUGAAGAUUCAAUGUAUUUCUUCUGGUGGAUGAUAGGAAUUCUGCUUUUAACUUCUGCUUUAUUAUUAUCAGCUCGAAUGGGUAUUUAUCAAGAAACACUAUACAAACAACAUGGGAAAUUCCCAAGUGAAGCUUUAUAUUAUACGCAUCUGUUUUCUUUGCCUGGUUUCAUUUUAUAUGGAAGCAGUAUAUUGGAACAUGCUUCUAUUGCCAAUAAUUCUGAAUUGAUUGAAAUUCCACUGAUUCAGAUAGGAAUGCCAAUUCUUUGGGUGUUUCUCCUCUUUAAUGUUAUAACGCAAUAUUUCUGUAUUAGUUCAGUUUAUAUUUUAACAACUGAAUGCACUUCAUUGACAGUAACCCUCGUGCUGACUCUUAGAAAAUUUAUGUCUUUGGUGAUAUCUAUAGUAUAUUUUAAGAAUCCAUUCACAGCGUACCACUGGUUUGGAACUUUUCUUGUUUUUAUGGGAACAUUGAUUUUCACAGAACUCAUUUCUUCUAAAAGAUUAGUUGGUACAAAAACAAAAAAGAAUUAAUAGGAUAGUAAUUCGCCAAGUCAACUAAUUGCUAUAACACCCCAUCCCUCCCUCCAAGUAUUUUAUAAAUGUUUUAUGAAUCGUUAUUCUUUGAUUUUCAACCGUCUACAAAUAAAGAGGUUAUUUUUUGUUGACUUUUAUCUACAAAUAAUUUACAAUAACUUAUGUUGUGAUUUACCAUUGACCAAGUGUUAUAUAUCUAUAUCUGACUACGGUCAGACAAUGUAUUACCUUGUAAUUGUUGAAAUAUAAAUUUUAUUGA